GCAGUAUUCAUAGAGUAAUACUGCAAAUUUAUUAAAGAAAAACAUUUAAUUUGAAAACCUCUUUGCCAUUGUUAUCAAUUAUUCUUAUCCUUAUCCCGGUAAGCUGUUUUCGAAUUAUAUAGACGUGCUUCAUCAUUGAUCAAUCGUUUGUCAGCACUUAUUACUGUGUUAAAAGAGGAAUUGAUCAGCUUUAAUUCAUUUAAUUUUUUUAGCCCUAUAAAAAAUCUAAUCAUCAUUAAAAAUGUCUGAUACUGUUAAUAAGGUGAUUAAAUGUCGCGCUGCUGUUGCUUGGUCUGAGAAAGCACCCUUGAGUAUUGAAGAAAUAAGCGUUGAUCCACCGAAAGCAUUUGAGGUGCGAAUUAAAAUUUUAAAAACAGCACUAUGUCAUACAGAUGCAUAUACUCUAGGCGGUCAUGAUCCUGAAGGUCUUUUUCCUUGUGUUCUCGGUCAUGAAGGAGCUGGGAUCGUUGAAAGUGUAGGUGAAGGAGUGACAACUGUACAACCUGGAGAUCAUGUAAUACCUUUGUAUACUCCUCAGUGCAAGGAAUGCAAAUUCUGUAAGUCACCGAAGACCAAUUUAUGUGGUAAAAUUCGUCUUACUCAGGGGCAAGGACUUAUGCCUGAUGGUACCUCCCGGUUUACUUGUAAAGGAAAAACAUUAUUCCAUUUCAUGGGUUGUUCAACUUUUUCUGAGUACACUGUUGUGGCCGAAAUUUCUGUUGCAAAGGUAAACGAUAAAGCACCAAUGGAUAAAAUUUGUUUACUUGGUUGUGGUGUAUCAACUGGUUAUGGUGCAGCACUUAACACAGCUAAUGUGGAACCAGGAUCAACAGUUGCCAUUUGGGGGCUUGGGGCUGUUGGUUUAGCAGUCGCAAUGGGUUGUAAAGCUGCCAAAGCUUCAAGAAUAAUUGGAGUCGAUACAAACCCCAAUAAAAAACAAUAUGCUUUGGAGUUUGGUUGCACAGAAUUCAUCAAUCCACUCGAUUACAAAGAUAAAGAUUUCAAGGAUGUGAUCAUUGAAAUGACCGAUGGAGGCUGUGAUUACACAUUUGAAUGUAUUGGAAAUGUUAAUAUCAUGAGGACGGCCUUAGAAGCAAGCCAUAAAGGUUGGGGUGUGUCAGUUAUAAUUGGAGUUGCAGCAUCUGGAAAAGAAAUUUCAACUCGGCCUUUUCAACUUGUAACUGGCAGAACUUGGAAAGGAUGUGCUUUCGGAGGUUGGAAAAGCCGUGAUAGCGUUCCAAAACUAGUUGAAGAAUACAUGAACAAUACACUGCCUCUUGAUAAAUUUGUCACUCAUCAACUUCCAUUUGAAAAGAUAAACGAAGGCUUCGAUCUGCUACAUUCUGGGGAAUGCUUACGGACAGUGAUCACCUGCAAUGAAUAAUUAUUUUCAACAGCUACAAUUUAAUUGGAUAACUGAUUCUCUCGCACUGGAGAAGUAUUAAGUAAUUUAAAAGAUAUAUAUGGGUAUAUAUUUUUAAUUAAUAUAUUUGUAUUCACGAGAAAUAAAUGUUUUAUGAACACACUAUGAUCAUGACACAUUAAACACUG